CAAUCUUCACAAACGGCGAACUGGCACAAGCCUUUACGCUCUGGGUUUCACCUUCCCCUCCCUCUGAUCACGAAAACCAGUUUCCAAUCGGAAACGGAAGCAACAAUUGAAGUUAUAAUCCGACGAUGUCUUCUGGGUUGAGUUCACUUUCAUCGAGUGAUGAACUCGAUGAAUUCAACCCUAAACCAACGCCCACUGCGCCACCUAAACCUCUCGAAGAAGAAUUGGCGUCUCUAGCAUUGACCUUACCCCAUCCCGAGCUGCUCUCCGAUCGGCAGGAUGUCAAUGGCGUCCCAAAUGGAUCCCCGGCGGAUGGUUCUCAGUUCGGAAUUCAACAGAAUGAUGGGGAAAUGAGGGACGGGGCAGUUCCCGAGGAAAACGUUGUGGGAAAUUCGGAAAGUUCGGUGCGAGGUGGAAUUGGUGGUGCGGGUGUUGUGUGGGGGAGGACCAAUUCGGAGAUAGAGGUGGAUAGACCGGCCAGCCCUAGUAGUAGUGGGUAUGCUGGUGAAAGAGGAAGCAGCAGUGCUAGUAGCGGCAGGUCAGAGAUGGAUGGGAUUGCUGAGGACGAAAUUCAGGAGCUGAGAGAUGACGCUUCUGUUGGUGUUUCUCUGCCCUCGUGGGUUCCUGGGAAGCGGCAUGGCAAUGAGGAUGAUGCUUCCAUAUCAUGGAGAAAAAGGAAGAAGCAUUUCUUUAUUCUGAGUCAUUCUGGAAAACCUAUUUAUUCCAGAUAUGGAGACGAACACAAACUAGCCGGAUUUUCAGCCAGCUUGCAGGCAAUCAUUUCUUUUGUGGAGGAUGGGGGUGAUCGUGUCAAAUUGGUUAGAGCUGGAAAACACCAGGUCGUCUUUCUUGUGAAGGGUCCGAUUUACUUGGUUUGCAUCAGCUGCACAGAAGAGCCCUAUGAAUCAUUAAGAGGCCAGUUGGAACUUAUUUAUGGUCAGAUGAUACUUAUUCUAACAAAGUCUGUAAAUAGAUGUUUUGAGAGAAAUCCCAAGUUUGAUAUGACUUCUCUUCUUGGAGGAACAGAUGUUGUCUUCUCCUCUCUCAUCCAUUCAUUCAGUUGGAACCCUGCUACUUUUCUUCAUGCAUACACUUGUCUUCSUCUCGCUUAUGGUACAAGACAAGCUGCGGGUGCAAUAUUACAAGAUGUUGCUGAUUCAGGCAUUCUUUUUGCAAUUUUAAUGUGCAAACAUAAGGUUAUCAGUCUUGUUGGUGCCCAAAAGGCUUCUCUUCAUCCCGACGAUAUGCUACUACUUGCCAACUUUGUGAUGUCGUCAGAGUCCUUUAGGACUUCCGAGUCUUUCUCUCCAAUAUGCCUUCCAAGAUACAAUCCAAUGGCAUUUUUGUAUGCCUAUGUUCAUUAUUUUGAUGUUAACACUUACUUGAUGCUUCUUACAACUAAUUCAGAUUCCUUCUAUCACUUAAAGGAAUGCAGGAUUCGUAUUGAAUCUGUCCUUUUGAAGUCGAAUGUUCUUAGUGAAGUUCAGAGAUCCAUGCUUGAUGGUGGGAUGCGUGUUGAAGAUAUGCCUGUUGAUUCUUCACCUCGUUAUAGAACUAUAUCUCCUCAUUUGGGCCAACAUAGAGCUCCAUCAGAACUUCCUGAAAGAUUCAAGGAAUCUUAUGCUGGGAUAGGUGGUCCUGGUGGACUCUGGCAUUUCAUUUACCGCAGUAUAUAUCUGGAUCAAUAUGUAUCUUCUGAAUUUUCAUCACCAAUUAGCAGUCAUCAUCAACAGAAGAGGUUGUACAGAGCAUACCAAAACAUUUAUGCUUCUAUGCAUGAUAAAGAAAUCGGCCCACACAAAACCCAGUUUAGAAGAGAUGAAAACUAUGUUCUACUCUGCUGGGUCACCCAAGAUUUUGAGCUUUAUGCAGCAUUUGAUCCUUUGGCUGAUAAGGCUUUGGCAAUAAAGAUCUGCAAUCGAGUUUGUCAAUGGAUUAAAGAUGUCGAAAACGAAAUUUUUCUGCUGGGUGCGAGCCCAUUUUCAUGGUAACAUUCCAUGUAUUAUAAUUUUUGUGUAUUAAAUGUUCGUACACAUUUUUUCUUUUUAUCAUUUUGAGCUCAGUUAUAAUAGUGUUCUUGAUCUAUUAGCUAAAAGUACCUUCCACGGUUUUGCAUUUAUCUAUAUUGUAGAGUGUAGGCUAGCUCAUAAAUUUGUAUUCAUUUUAAUUUAUCUACUGGAAGAAGAAUAGGUACAGUGUAUUAGUGAGAAAUGUAUGAAAUGAAGAUCUAUUUUUGCUAA